AUUAUUACAUUAUUUUGCAUUCUUGUAACUCUUUUUACAUUUAUCAAUUUAUACUUUAAUAAUUAUUGUUAUUUAUAUUAUUUAUGUAAUAUUAUCAAGUUAGGAUUUUUCAGUAAGGAAAUGGAAUUCUUUGGCUAUACAAUGUGUGGUCCACAAAAUUAUAUGAAAGACAUAUUGAAAAAAGACUAUCUUGAACCAAUGACGGAAAUUGAAGUUAAAGAGAUAUUCAUAAAGCGUUCAAUGAUACUCAGCGAUACAGACAGUUCGCGCGGAUUAAAUGGUUUCGCGUACGGUUCAUUUGAACGAUUUUUGGACAUGAAAAAAAAGGGUAUGGUCAAACCCUUUGGUCCUUGUGAUAUGUACAGAUUUCCUCCUACGUCCAGCCAUGAGUUUGGAUGGUGGCAUUAUGACGACACAUUACUUUCUGGGGACACUUGGUAUCAAGUAGUACCAAGAUAUCCACAGCCUGUUUCUCCGAAUUCUUUAAUCCUUGAUAAAGUCCGAAAAAACAAUAAAUAUGCAACACUAUUCUAGAGACUAAACUAUUUAUUAUUGUGGCUACAAAAACAGGACGAACAUGCGAAAAGUGAUUUUUGUACAUUUUACAUAUAUUAAAUAAAUAA